AGUUACGCUUUCAAUACGAUUUGUUACGUAUCAGGGAGACCUAACCAACAAACACAAUAAGCCAUAAACAAUUAAACAUUGAAACAACAGCACCACCCCCGGAUCCAAUCUUGCCGGUGAAAUAAAACGCGGCGGUGGCGUCCCCACCGUGGUAACUAACUUUCAAAGCCUUUUAACCUAACAACCGAUUAAUUAAGCUAAGGAGUAAGGAUCCUUCUGAGUUCCGACUACUUUUGUGUUGUGUUGCGCGCGCAUCGGAGGGAGAGAUGUGGGUGUUUUACCUGAUCUCGCUGCCUCUAACGACGGGUAUGGUGGUAAUGACUCUGAGGUACUUCGCUGGGCCCCACGUCCCUCGCUACGUCCUCUUCACCGUCGGAUACACCUGGUUCUGCUCCCUCUCCAUCAUCAUCCUCGUCCCCGCCGACAUUUGGGAUACAUUGUCAUCUCAACAUACAAACAGAGGCAUUUCUUUCUUUUGGAGCUGGUCAUAUUGGAGUACGUUUUUGCUCACUUGGGCUGUGGUGCCCCUUAUUCAGGGUUUUGAAGAUGCUGGGGAUUUCACUGUAUCAGAAAGAUUGAAAACUAGUGUACAUGCUAAUUUGCUCUUCUAUCUAAUUGUGGGAUCCAUUGGCCUGUUUGGGCUUAUUCUUCUCAUUAUGAUGCACAAGACCUGGAAAGGAGGUCUUUUGGGAUUUGCCAUGGCUUGCUCAAAUACUUUUGGACUUGUUACUGGUGCAUUUCUUCUUGGCUUUGGUUUAAGUGAAAUUCCUAAAACCAUUUGGGUAAAUGCUGACUGGACCACCCGCCAAAAGGUUCUUUCUCACAAAAUUGCCAAAAUGGCUGUCAAACUUGAUGAUGCUCACCAAGAACUUUCAAAUGCUAUUGUUGUUGCUCAAGCAACAUCGAAGCAAAUGUCCAAGCGUGAUCCUUUGCGGCCGUAUAUGAAUGUCAUUGAUGAUAUGAUUGCUCAAAUGUUUAGGGAAGACCCCUCCUUCAAACCACAAGGUGGUCAAUUGGGGGAAAAUGAUAUGGAUUAUGAUACAGAUCGGAAGUCAAUGGCAACAUUAAGGCGUCAUCUUCGGAGUGCUUCUGAGGAGUAUCAAAGAUAUAAAAGUGAGUAUGUGACUUAUGUACUUGAAGCCCUUGAAUUGGAAGAUACAAUUCAGAAUUAUGAACGGCGCAACUCAACUGGAUGGGAAUAUAAUUCAAGCAUUAGACCUGCUCGGACUGGCAAGUUGGGAUCCCUAUUUGAUACUUUAGAAUUUUUCUGGCGAUGCAUUUUGAGUAAACAAGUUGCAAAAGGCCUGGCUGUUAUCCUUGGUACCAUGUCUGUUGCAAUUCUUUUCGCAGAGGCAACUCUUCUGCCCAGUGUUGAUCUAUCACUUUUCUCCAUUCUUAUAAAAUCUGUUGGAGGACAGGAGGUGUUUGUGCAGGUGUUUGCUUUUAUUCCUCUCAUGUACAUGUGCGUCUGUACAUAUUAUUCCUUGUUCAAAAUUGGAAUGUUGAUGUUCUACUCAUUGACACCCAGACAAACCAGCUCAGUUAACUUGCUUAUGAUAUGUUCGAUGGUGGCUCGUUAUGCUCCCCCAAUCUCUUACAACUUUCUUAAUCUCAUUCGUCUCGGUCAUAAGAAAGUGACUGUAUUUGAGAGGCGAAUGGGGAACAUUGACAAUGCUGUCCCUUUCUUUGGCGAUAAGUUUAACAAAAUCUAUCCACUUAUUAUGGUUGUAUACACACUUUUGGUUGCAAGCAACUUCUUUGACAGAAUGUUCUCCUUUCUGGGGAGCUGGAAGAGAUAUAUCUUCAAAACCGAAGCUGAGGAUAGGGAUGGCUUUGAUCCAUCUGGAGUAAUUAUUCUUAAAAAGGAGCGGUCUUGGCUUGAACAAGGUCACAAAGUAGGGGAGCUGGUUGUUCCACUAGCAAGGAAUUUCAAUGGUGUUGAUAUUGAAUCAGGCAACAAUUUUAAGGAGACGAAUGGCGUCGAAAUGAAGACAAGUUCCAAGUUAAUCUCUGAGGAAACAAAUGGAAGUCUCUCUAAAACUUGGAAGGAAGAAACAAGCAGUAGAUAUGGUUCCAGCAGGGAGGCUAUCAGCAACAAGUAUGCUGCCAUUAGGGAGCAGGGUAAACCGAAACCAGAGGAAGCCAUGGCGGAUUCUUCGAAUUCAGAGCUCGAUGAAGGAAAUGAUAGUUCGAGUCAUAGCAUGGGACGACCACCUUUGGGUUUGUCUUCGACUUGGCAAAACAUGAAGACAGGUUUUCAGAAUUUUAAGGCCAACAUAGGAGCCAAAAAAUUUAUGCCGUUAAGACAAACACAAAUACAGGAAAAUAAUGUCUCCCAUGCUUCCUCUUCUGAAUCCCUUGAUGAAAUAUUUCAGAAACUCAAAAAGCCUUCCUCGGAUCAAGUUAAUUAUCACGAUGAUAAUUGAGAGUUGUGACGGAGGCACAAUACAUGUGGUUCCUUUUGGGAAGAAUGUGCACGUUCUCUUAACAUUGGGAAUGGUGGUCCAUAUUCCAUAAUAUCAUGUACAGUAAUGGGAAAAUCGUAAAUGAUGUUCACAGAAGUGAAUUAUAAUUAAUUCCCCAAUUCAGAGUAAAAUGGGCAUGGGAAAGAUAUAUUGAUAUUGUAUACAUUAGAAAUCAAAUCUCAUACAAAAAACAAUCCAUCCAGUGGCGAAAAGAAUACAAAUUGUACCAGUUGAUUGCAAUGAAAAUGUUGUCUGGCUUGGAUUCGGAAUUUCA